AACAUGGUGCCUUGAUAUAAGACCGUCAGUAGAAACUAAAUCACAUCAUUGGGACUACAGAAAUUGUAACAUAAAAUCCCCCCAAAAAACAACAAAAAAAAAACACAUUUUUACCUGCUUUAUACGUAGGUAGGUACAUACCUUCUUCUCUCACAUUUAUCAGAUUUUGCGUUAAACACAUACCCAUAUAUUUAUGUAUCAAGUACCUAUGUAGGAGUAGGUGUAGGUUUACCGAUAAGUUGAACUUGUGAUAAAAUUCGAUAAAAAGUGUUACAUGUGAGCUGGUUUUCUCACUAAUUGAAAUUUUGAAGACGAAUCACCACAUAAUAUGAUUUCGCUGAAGAUUGCAUUUGUUUUGCUCUACAUCGCAUCUGCAUUUCUCAUUCAGAUUGCUCACUCAGCCAAAAUCUUAUACCUUUACAGUAUCGGAUGCAAGAGCGCAGCUUCGAUGCAUCAAGCAAUCAGCAAAAUUCUGCUGCAUAACCAUCACGAACUUAUCGCCUUAAGCCCGUUCCAACUGACCGAGAAUUUCGCCAACUACACCGAUCUGGACGUACAUGACGAUUUUUUCGAAUUUUCGGACCAAUUUCUAGCAGACGAAGCCUAUAUUGGUACCUACGAAAACAGAAAAUUCACCUACCAAAUCCAAAGAUCUAAUUGCGAAAACAUUUAUCGAAAUGCUAAAGUGGUUGAAAUGCUAAACAACACCAGAGUAGAUUUAAUUCUGUGGGAGACAGAAAACGGGGAAUGCUUUUUACCGCUGUUGGCUAAAUUUCAGGUGCCGAUAAUCGGAGUGAAUUCCGGAAAUUUCUUAUUCCCUGACUUGGAUGGUUUAAUGGGUAAUCCUGUGAACCCAUCCUACGUGCCUAGUGCUCUCAGUGGAUUUUCCUCGCGAAUGGAUUUUUUCCAACGUUUACAAAACACCAAGGAUUACUUGUUGAAUUUGCUCAUUAACUGGUAUUAUAUUCGAGAAGCGGAUAUUUUUGCUAACAAGUAUUUCAAAAGUCCCCCAAUUCAAGAAAUAUAUUACGAUCGAGUUUCGCUGGUUUUUUCCAACAGUCAUUUUUGUUUUUUGCCGAAGCCAACGGCUCCAGGUACUGUGGACAUUGCUGGAAUCCAUAUUGGAAAGCCCUCGCUGUUGCCAAAAGAAAUUCAAACCUUCAUUGAAAGCUCUACAGAAGGAGUAAUUUACUUGAGCUUGGGAUCCGUGACGAAAUUCAGCGGACUUCCAAAACACAUACAAGACUCUUUUGUGCAAAUUUUACAAAAAUUGCCCUACAGGGUCAUCUGGAGACACGAUAAACCAGAAACAAUACCAAAGGCUUCGAAAAAUAUUCUCGUCAAAAAAUGGCUACCUCAAAAAGAUAUUCUCGCCCAUCCGAAGGUCAUUUUGUUCAUAUCACAUUGUGGGAUAUUUAGCACAUAUGAAGCUAUCUACUUUGGCGUACCCAUAUUGGCGUUCCCGGUCAUAUACGAUCAAUUUACAAAUGCAGCCAUUUUAGAAAAUCUACAGGUUGCAGUAACUUUGGACUGGCGUACUUUCGAGCAAGAAUAUUUACAAUCAAGUAUUGAAGAUGUUAUCGAAAAUAAAAAGUAUCGAGAUAAUAUCGAGAAAUUAUCGAAUAUUUUCAGAGAUAGACCGCAAAGUCCUCAAAAUACUCUGCUCUAUUGGGUGGAUUACGUAUUGAGACAUAAACACGUUUCGCAUUUGAAACCAGCAGGAGCAAAGUUGCCAUUUCAUCAAUAUUUAUUACUGGAUGUGAUAUUAUUCCUGUCUGUGGUAUUUAUUGUGAUAAGUUGUAUUAUUUAUUUCAUAUUGAAAAAAUUAGUAUCAAUACUUGGUAAUAUGUUGAGAAAGAAAUCUGUGAUGAAGAAAACAAAAACAUACUGAAGAAAAUAUUUUCGCAUUUUUUUAUA